AUGAAUGAGCAACAGAAUGAUCAAGAAAUGAUUCAAAAAGAGUACGAAAAUAUGACAUACGAUGAAAUAUCUCAACGAUUGACCGAGAAUUAUAAGCAACUUUCGGAAUUCCUUGGAGACAAACGUAUCAGUUUUCUCUCUGACACAACCACUCAAUCCAGUUUAGUAAGUGAUCUUAACACUAAUUGCUUUGAUGAUAUUGAAGAUAAUGACUAUUUGGAUACCGAUCUUUCAAUGGUUGUCACGAAUGAUACUCAACAAAGGAGAAUCACGAAAUUAUUUUUACAAUCUGUUUCAAGUGGCAACCAAGAAAGAGUAGAAGAAUUCUUAAGUAAACUUACCUCUUUAGGACUGGAUAUUGAUGCCAAAGAUGAAGACAAUGGUACUACAGCACUUAUUUAUGCUGCUUGUUUUGGAAAAGUCGAAAUUGCAGCUGCUUUAUUAAGCGCUGGUGCACAAACUGAUAUUCAAGAUUCUUGUGGUUGGACUGCAUUGAUGUGGGCAACAGCCAAUCAUCAUGAAAAACUAAUUAAAUUAUUACUUGAUCAUGGUGCUUCAGCACAGACAAAAUCAGCUAAUGGUAGAACUGUAUUUGAUUUUGUAAAGAGGAAUGAUAAAGUGAAUGCUGACAUUUUUGCUACAUCAACAAAAACUAGCACCUAUAAUGACUUAUCUUUAGUAAACAGCAGUGAUAAUUCAGUCUCUCGACUCCUCCAGAAUUAUACUAAUGAUGAUAAAUACAUUUCAACUGAAGAAAUAGAGGGAAAGGAUAUGUUUAUCGAAUCUCCUUAUAUAUCUGUUAAAAACCAUUUGAUGGAGGAUAUUGAGGAUGAGAGUCAUAGAGAGAUGGUAACAGAAUUCAAUUGGAAUAAAUGUAUGCCGGAUCAAAUGUUUGUCUUUGCUGCAGAUAAUCUUUGUUACAUUCUUGAUUCUGUUAUUACUACUUUCACUCUACCUAUUAGUGAUACACAAGAAAUCUUUGUGCCUGCUAAUGUGAUCUUUUUGAGUGCUCGAUUUGCUUAUUAUUUUUCAAAUGCUGAACUAAUUGAAGAUGUUAUCAAAGGAGCAAUAGAUAGAAUAGAUGCUAAUAUAAAGAAUAAUAGAAGAGAUAUUCAUGUUUUAUCUUUUUGGCUAUCUAACAUGACUCGACUAUUAUAUUAUCUUAAGAAAGACAUUGAACUCGUCGUAGCUACAGCAGAGCAUCAACUUUGUUUAUCGGAAUUGAUAUCAGAAACCUACACAUAUAUCGUAAAUGUUGUUGAAAGACAAAUCAUGCCCAUUUUACAACCAGCCAUGUUAGAAUAUGACCUAAUCUCAGGAAUGGAAAGUAUUGAUUUUGCAGAUGAUGAUAUUUGGCAACGAUUCUUCUCUAAAAGGAAGAACGAUAGCCAUCGAGAAUCCAUGAUGGAAGAGAAGAGGUCCUGCUGUAUGAAAGAAUCAUUAUCACAACUAAAGAAGAGAUCACCUAAAUCCAUCACCCAUCUUCUUUCCUCUAUCCAUCAUGUACUUCAAUCCUAUGAGGUUCAUUCAACUAUCAUCAUUCAAGCUUUAACUCAGUUCUUUCAUUUCUUGUCCUGUGAACUCUUCAAUCAAAUCUUGGCAAACAAGAAAUAUCUUUGUCGAUCAAAGGCUAUUCAAAUUCGAAUGAAUUUAUCUAUCCUUGAGGAAUGGAUACAUCAACAGCAGCAUUCACAAUUACCUGUCCAUCUUCUGAUUUCAUACCUGACUCCCUCUAUACAAUUGGUCCAAUUAUUACAAUGUCUCUCUCAAUUAACUACCCCUGAUAUCUUCAAGUCUACUGUGGCUAUGUUUGAAACCAUGAAUCCAUUGCAAAUUAGACGAUGUGUAACAAAUUAUCGUUAUGAAACACAAGAACCAAGAUUACCUGAAGAGAUUGAGACACUUGUAAAUCAAAUGGUGAAUGAGACGAAGCUUAUUUCACAACCGAAGGGUCAAGAUCAAACAAGCACUAAAAGAAGAUCUUUAUUGUCAUUAUUCGAAAGGUAUAACAAAAUAGAAACAAACGUAACAACAACCACCACCAUCAAUGAAGAAGAAGGCGAUAAUAAUAAAGAAAACAUGAAUGAAACAAAAGACUCUAGAUUCUUGUUGCCCUUUUUUGUCCCUACUACAACACAGUUAUCAAACUCAAAUAUCGCGUUAAUUCCUAUUAUACCAGAAAACUGGAUGGACAAAUUGGAUAAAACUUAUUAA